AUGGAAUCCUCCGAUCCUAAAGUUGGAGAUGGCCAUAUACCACCUGUACCAGAAACUGAAGGAAGAUUGUCUGUUGCAUCUUCCUCGUCAACAUCAUCCUUCAAUUCAAUAGUGAACACAAACGACGACAUCGAAAUGGAAGAUGAUGAUGAAGAAGAAGAAUAUGAAGAACAUAAACCACAAUUACCACCUAUGUCUCCUCAAAGUUCAAGUAAUAAUUUGACAAGUGCAACAACAACAGAAACAGAUGGUACAAUCGGGAGUAGUAGUUCAGAUCAGUUACAACCCUUCACCGGCUACGAUUCCAACAGAAUCCCUUCUGCAGUUUUCUCAAGAAAACCGACUAAUCGAAUGGAAUGGAGCGUGGCAUCAAACGAGUCUUUAUUUAGUAUUCACAUGGGAAACAAUAGUUUCUCUAUGGGACCUGAUAUGAUGAUGCCAUUUGAUUUUGGCAAUGAAAUGAAGCCGGGGUUGAACGAUGCUAAUGCCCCAUUUGGGCUUCCUACUACUGCAGAAGGAGUAGAGAAUAGUAAUGAUAGCAGUAGAAUGAAUAGUAUUUCGAGUAAUUUAAAGGAGGAAGAUAAUUCGAUGAUCAGACAACAACCAUCUCCAAUGAUUCCCAAGAAGGAUGCUACAAAUCAUAGUUUCGACAUAACCAAUAAUGUUCAGGAACCAAACUCUCCUUCAGGAGGGAUGAUUCCUGUAUCAACAGGUGGGACUUAUUCCGGUAGUGAUGUGUCGAAUCAUACCCGUGAUUCUUCUUCAGUCACUGGUACUCAUGUAUCCAGAGAAAGUGGUACCAGCAGCAGCUCUUUCGCCUUUCCAUUAUUGGCUAGUGAAAGUGGGACAAAGAAAAGGUUAAAUGCAGCUGCUCCUGAACAACCGACUGUAGCAAUAAUAGAUGAUCAUGAUCGAGUGGAGGAGAAACCAAAAUCAGGGCCACAAACUGUACCAGAAGCAGAAACAGCAGCAGCAAAUCAAGCUAAUGGUGGAGAAAAGAAAACAUCAUGGUUGUCUUGUUUUUCUUGUUUCAGUAGGUUUAAUUGCAAAAUGUCUAAUCAAUCAGGUUGUUUCGCGAAAGGAAACGACAAAGAAGACAAAGUUGAUGAUUGA